AUGUUAGAUUCAAGUUCAUCAUUACCAUUAAACCCACCAGAUUAUAUAUUUGAAAUAGAAGAAGAUCAUGAGAAUGUUGGUUUUUUCAAUAAAGCUCAAUUUAAAAAACUUGCAAAUAAUUUCAAUACAAGAUUAAUAAAAAUAAUAGAUCCAAUAUAUGAAGGGUAUAAAUAUUUACAACUACAAUAUGAGAAAUCAAUACUAAAACUAGGUAAUCCCUUGGUGAUAAAACGAUUAUUAUAUGUAUUCUUCAUGGUAUUUAUAAUAUUUUUAAUUUCAAAAUAUUCAAAUAAUGAUUCAAUAAGUGGUACAUCCAUUGGUGGCUUUGUUAAGGGCAAAUUUUAUGACAUAGAUAAAUUAUCAGAUUCAAUAAAGUAUAUAAUAGAUCCUAAAAUGAUGAAAGAGAAUUUAGAAUACUUUUCAAGUGUACCUCAUAUAACUGGAACCAAAGGUGAUUUAACAUUGGCAAAAUAUAUUGAAACAUAUAUGAAAAAUAAUGGGAUAAAUAAUAUUGAACUUAAUGAAUAUCAAACAUUUACAAAUUAUCCAAGUAAAAACACAUAUUUAAAAUUAAAAGAUGGGUCAUGGAAUGCAAAAUUAUAUGAAUCUCAUAAUGAAAAUAUGGAAUUUUUAUCAUACAACCCAAAUUCAUUAAAUACAAAUGAACCAAUACAAGGUGAAUAUGUGUAUAUAAAUUAUGGAACGGAAGAAGAUUUUGGAAAGACUGAUGUUAAAGAUAAGAUUGUACUUUUAAAUUAUGGUGGUAAUAUUCCUGAAUCUAAUAAAGUUUUCUUUGCAAAACAACAUGAAGCAAAAGCAGUUAUAUUUAUAAGUCCAAAAUUCAAACAUAAUGAAGAUGUAAUACAGAAGGAGAAUGUGGGGUUGACUAGAGUUUCACUCGGUGACAUCUUAACCCCUGGUUGGUCCUCAGAAGAUGGUUAUGUUACUAGAUUAAACUGGGAUUUUUCAGAAACAACACCAAAGAUACCAACACUACCAAUAUCAUAUAAAGAUGGUCAAUAUUUAAUAUCACAAGCUGAUAAAGGAGUAGAAUUAGAAUUGAAAAUUGCGAAUACAAAUAGACAAGCAAAACAUAUAUGGAAUGUUGUUGGUUCAAUUGAAGGUAGAGAACAAAAUGAAAAAGGAAUAAUUAUUGGAGCUGCAAGAGACUCAUCAUGCUAUGGAACCAUGUCAUCAAAUACGGGGAAUGUUGCAUUUUUAGAAUUGAUUAAAAUUUUUACUUCAUUACAAAGAAAAUUUCAAUGGUCACCAUCAAGAUCUAUAUACUUUGCUUCAUUUGAUGCUACUGAAUAUAAUCUAGCUGGUUCAUCAGAAUGGAUUGAGAGUAGAAGAGAAUUAUUAGAAAAAGAAGGUUAUUUGUAUAUUGAUUUAAGUGAUUUAGUAUCUGGUGAAUCUUUGGAGGUUAAUGCUAAUCCAUUAUUAAAUGAAAUCGUCACAAAGCAUUUGAAAAAACUUAAAUUAAAUGGUAGAUCUUUAUAUGACAUGGCAGAUAUUAAAAAUGAAUUUUCAAGUCUGAAAAAUUACCUACCAUUUAUUAAUUUAGUCAAUAUGCCAUCAUUAGAAAUUAAGUUUAGAGGUGAAUAUCCCCAAAAUUCAUGUUAUGAUGAUUUUAUGAACUUUGAAAAUUCCAAAAUUGAUGAUAAAAUGACAAAACAUUCCUUGCUAGUUGAAUUAAUUGCCAAAAUUAUACUUGAAUUUGCUGAGUAUCCACUAAUUCCAUAUAACUACAACGACUUUACAAAUAAAUUAAUUGAAUAUGAACAAAACCUAGAGAACUAUUAUAAAUCUUUAAAUUCAGAUAUAAAUUUAGAUUUCAAAAAAUUAAAACAAAAAAUUUGGUUUAUGAAAGAACAAGGGAAUAAAUAUGAAAAUUGGAAAGCUUCAUGGGAAGAUUACCUUCGAAAAUCUGGAGGUAUAGAACAUACAAGUUAUAGUAUGGCUAGAUGGAGAUGGAAUGAUAAUAUGGUUGAAUUUAAUUCUAAAUUCUUAACAAAAGGUAUACUUGUAAAAAGAUUUGGCUAUAGAAAUAUUUUAUUUGGUUUACCUUUUAAUUCACCAUUACAAGAUGAUAAAUUUGUAUGGAAUUCAUUUCCAUAUAUUAGAAAUCGUUUACAAUUACGACAAUUUGAAGAUGCACAACUUGAGAUAAAUAAUCUAGUUCAUGUAUUAGAACAAGCUGCUAUAAAUUUAUUGCUUUAA